CGAGUCUGUUUCGAACCAGUUCAUCUCUUGACACCGUGGCGGUAGCAUAUCGUUGCUUGGCGUUGGCUUCCUCCUUGCGUUUCCAUAAACAUAUUUGUGUCAUACAUAGUCAUACUUCUUUCAAUAUCAUCAGCAUUGUGAUUUGUAUUUCCCAGCACCACCGGUCGCAAAAGCAGCUGUUUCGGUUUUAAUUUCGUAUUCAUAAUCCAGUGUGAUCUAACAGUGAUUGGAAUAGGCUAUUAGAGUUUGCCUCUAUUAGCUAGUUGGUCGAGUGAAUUUGUGUUAUUGUUUUAGAAAAAAAAAAAAGAGUUGUGCUAAUGGAGUGCCCAGUCUGCCAAAAGCUCACUAAAAUGCGUUCCUCCAGUGAAUAAGGCGGUGCAUUUUGUUUUUCAUCGCACUCAACGCCGUACGGGUGCAAGCGGUGAAAAAAGCGCUGGCAAGUGAAAUAAGCUGCAUUGCAUUUAAUCUACUAUUGCCCUGGCAGAACGAAGCUGCACAGUGCACAAUCUAGCGCAGAAGAAAAUUGGAAAUCAAUCGUCUGUCAGAGUGUAGAAGUUUCUACCACGCAAAGCUACCGAGCAAGGGAGAUAAUUGCAGAGGAGGCUGCCAAAUACACCGCAUAAUCGCAAUGCAAGAUGGCAUUACUGCCCGGAACGGCUCAUCCUACAGUGAAUCUUACGGCAGCGGAAACAUUAGCAACGGAGGAAGUACAGCCGCGCAGCUUUAUCAGCAGCAACAGCAUCACCAUCGCCAUAGCACCCCACCUGCAUCGCUGUCCUCGUCUCCGGCGAAGAAGUCACCCUCGUCAUCUCCUUCGCAUAUCUUCAGCAAUGGAGCGGGCUCCAUGGGCGGAGGAAGUUGCAAUGGAGAGUUCAAGUUGUGUGGCUACGACGGCAACGGGGAGGAUUGCGGCAGUGGCGGAACGUCACCGGCGGAAAUUUUUGGAAUAUUGGGAUUUUGGCUGAAGCUACGACACGAUUUGAAAUCCGUUCCCUGGAAGCAAUUCAAGGAGGUCAAGAUGAAGAAUCCUCGUGCCGCACCUGGUUGUGCCUACAUUCCGACAAAGAUCGAACACAUUGCCAACGUCAUCACGCACGGGCUCUGGGUGCUACCGUCGGUGUAUGCCGGAAUGAAUUUGCUCUUUCGCAGCUACACCCCCUCACAGAUGCUUGCCGCCGUUAUCUACGGAGCCGCUCUGUCGAUGCUAUUCUUCGUGUCCACCUUCUUCCAUUGUGUGUUCUACUGCAACCGGAGCCGCCAGCUGAAGGACGUGCUGCACCGGUGCGACAGGGCAAUGAUUUACAUCUUCAUUGCAGGGUCGUACUAUCCGUGGCUCAGUCUGGGACACACUUCCCAUCCGCAGAUAGUCUCGGUGGUCAAGUGGUGCGUUUGGGUGAUGGCUAUCUUGGGCAUAAUUUACCAACAGAUGUUCCACGAGCGCUACAAAUGCUUGGAAACCUUCUUUUACACCGUGAUCGGUGUAGUCCCAUCACUGGUGAUCGUCUGCUGGGGUCAUGAAUUCACCGGAAUGACCGAACUGAAAUUGGGAGGACUCCUGUACAUAGUUGGACUUGGUUUCUUCAAGUCAGACGGAUUAUUUCCUUUCGCUCAUGCGAUUUGGCAUUUAUUCGUUGUGUUGGCCGCUUCAGUACACUACUUUGCCAUACUCAACCAUCUAUAUCCAGUGGAGGCAGUUGGCGCUUCUUAGAAAAAUGGAAUCCUUAUCGGAAUGUGCUCUCGAUUUAGUGAAUUAGUGAUAUUAUCAACGACCACCAAAAAUGUUGACGGUUAGGACGCUGAAAGCGGUUAGGAAAAAUACCUUUAUUUUUUUGGGAUUCAGCCCUCAAUUAUUAAGGUGUUCCCUGUUUCAAGGGAAUUCAUUAUUUUCAUUGGUUUGGGCUUAGCAUUUUAAUUUUAAGUUAUGUAUCUCAGAAACCCUAGGUGUUCGUGUUUUUUUUUCCUUUCUGCCCACAUUAAAUUAAAUGAUAGUGUCUGUAGACAAUAUGAAUACAAUAGUUUGAAAAAGCCCUUUAAGAUAGACUGGUAUGUUACCAAAUAAUAUCCAUUUCCGGUAUCUAACCACCGAACCAACUCGAAUGUUAUCUCUCUCAACUACAUACGGAAAACUAUGUACGAGCAUCGUUGUUUUGUAUAAUAGCAUUGUGAUAACUAGAUUUGUUCUAAGAAUAUUUAAAACACAAUUUUAGUUUUAAAUAAGGAUUCCGAAAUGGAAGCUAAACGUCAUUCAAAGGAAAUGAUUGAAAAUAGUAGACAUUAUUUAGGAAUUGAUAGAAACCACAAACUCGAAAUCAACAUAACAACAUAGCAAAAAUAUUACAGUUCUGGAAGAUCAAAUACUCAUUAUUUUUUGUAGGACUUUACAUUUACUCAUUACUGUAGGACAAAAAAUACUCUAGUGAGCCAACCGACACGUAUCAAUACAGUUUUCUUUAGACAGGGCUAUUAGAGGCCAUCAACAGGAAGAUAUGCUACUACGUAUGUAACUGUACCACCUAACCUAUUGUUACUGUUUCAGUCUUUUUCCACGAAAUGAAAUAUACUCCUACUGAAAUAGACCUCAUGUCGACA